GGGGGCUUUCGUUGAUCUCUCUCCUGAAGGGGAUAAUGGGCGAGGAGCGCAUUGCAAUGGCCGCCUUGUAGCGCCCUCCCUGUACAAUUAGCCAAUCGGCGGCCAGCUCCGGCAGCCAGAAGCAGCACAUAAAAGAAGAGCAUUGCAGCAGAGGCGCAGAAGGGAGACUACGAGGCGAGCAGGGAAUCGAACACGCGCAAAAAAAAAAAAAAAAGAAAAAAGGAAAAAAAAAACACACUCCGAAGCAGCAGGCCACCCCCCUCCCCUCCUCAGCAUCCUCCUCCUCCUCCUCCUCCCAUCCUUGGACACACCCUACCAAGGAUCACACUGCUUCUCCUCUCGACUAUUUUUUUUUUGUGAUCACACUUCACCAUCGGAGAGAACGCUCCUCUCUUCCUCCUCCGUCAUCCUGCAAAGAACCCCCCUUUCUUCUCCUCCUUUUCAUCCAAUAGAGGACCCCCAUACAACCUCCGCAGGCUGAGACCCACCGUCAGGUCCCAGUUUGUAUUUUUUUUUUUUACCUUUUUUUUUUUUUUGUUUUUUUGAAUUUUUGGGAACUCCGGAGAGGGGAACCGUGCGAGCAGAGCACCGCAAGAGCGCCGCCGAGCUUCCGCCGAAAAGAGGGACCUAGAUUUCCUUGUCGUUGCACGUCAAGAAUGGUUACCAUAAUCAGCACCAUGGAAACCCAGGUGUCCAACGGUCCGAGCGGAACCAGUCUGCCCAACGGCCCAGUCAUCAGCACCAACGGCGCCACGGACGACAGCAAAACCAACCUGAUUGUCAACUACCUGCCGCAGAACAUGACCCAAGAAGAGUUCAAGAGUUUGUUCGGGAGCAUCGGGGAGAUCGAGUCCUGCAAGCUGGUCCGAGACAAGAUAACGGGUCAAAGUUUGGGCUACGGCUUUGUCAACUACGUGGAUCCGAACGACGCAGACAAGGCCAUCAACACACUCAAUGGUCUCAAGCUACAGACUAAAACAAUCAAGGUAUCGUACGCACGGCCAAGCUCCGCUUCUAUCCGCGACGCAAACCUUUACGUCAGCGGACUGCCCAAGACCAUGAGCCAGAAGGACAUGGAACAGCUCUUCUCCCAAUACGGUCGCAUCAUCACAUCUCGCAUUUUAGUGGACCAAGUCACAGCAGGCAUAUCACGAGGAGUUGGUUUCAUCCGGUUCGACAAACGAAACGAAGCGGAGGAGGCCAUCAAGGGUCUGAACGGACAGAAGCCUCUGGGCGCUGCCGAGCCCAUCACUGUCAAGUUUGCCAACAACCCCAGCCAGAAGACGGGCCAGGCCUUGCUGACUCAGCUGUAUCAGACCGCCGCCCGACGCUACACGGGGCCCCUGCACCACCAGACGCAGCGAUUCAGCGUGAUCCCUUCUCUCGGAAAGGGACCAGAUCCAAAUAUCAGCUCAAAACCAAUACUCGACAAUUUACUAAACGCCAGCUACGGAGUCAAGAGUUCUCCCACUCUCUUCCCCAGAUUCUCCCCGAUCACCAUCGACAGCAUGACCAGCCUCGCCGGCGUCAACCUCACCGGUCCCACCGGAGCCGGCUGGUGCAUCUUUGUGUACAACCUGUCGCCCGAGGCGGACGAGAGCGUCCUGUGGCAGCUCUUUGGGCCCUUCGGCGCCGUCACCAACGUCAAGGUCAUCCGUGACUUUACGACCAACAAAUGUAAGGGCUUCGGUUUUGUCACCAUGACCAACUACGACGAGGCGGCCAUGGCGAUCGCCAGCCUCAACGGCUAUCGCCUGGGCGACCGGGUGCUGCAGGUUUCUUUCAAGACCAGCAAGCAGCACAAGGCCUGAGAGAGGGGCCAUAGGCGCCAGCACCUUUGACCUGCACGGGGGGGCGGGGCUACCUGAGCUCCUCCCCACCCCCGUGCCAUCACUUUAUCUAUGGGCCUGGACUGAGUCUCUCUCUGACGCUUUCGCACACACAUUCACAAUAUAUAAUCGCAAAAGACACAGACACGCGCAAACACAGAUCCCGAAACACAUGACCGAACCUAUUCAUAGGCAAGCAUCCGCAAGUCAGAGUUUCAAACGAACCCACGAGUGGAGUUUUUCUGUUCUCUUUCCACAACAUGCUAGACCUUUCCCUAUCUUUGCCUGGAUUGAAUUAGAAAGGGUACGUAGCUGGUUUGCUGAGUAAGGGGUUGUUAAGAGCUAUCUAUUUAGGAGACAGGCUAAUGAAUGUGACAAAGAAUGUGUGCUGUGUGCUUUGAUUGAAUUCAGGCAAAUGAUGGCAACUGAUGAACAAAAGAAAAAAUAGCGAACAAUUGUUUUUUUUUUUUGUUUUUUUUUUUUUUUAAAAGUAUGUGCAAUUUACCCAAACUUUUACCCCUAUAAUCUCUGCUAGUAUCAUGCAGGAGAGGAUGGCAUUUUUAUCUUUUCUUUGGUUUUUUUUUUUGUUUGUUUUUUUUUUUUUUUUUUUACACUUGGGCAUUUUGAAUCAGUGACUUUUUUUAAGAUCAAAGAAAAUGAAAUGAAGACACAGUGUUGUUCUCUUAUACGUCUAUCAAAAAAAAAUAUAACUAUAUAUUCAAUAUACAGGUAUAAGGUGGUGGUAAUAAUAGCCGUAUAUGUAAGCAUUUUCUAAAAACCUUGACAACUGUUUUCCUGACCUGCUUUAGGCGGCGCCGAGCAUCAAGGCAGAUCCUCUAACACCGUGUGAGCUUGGUCGCUCGGACCCGAUGCCGAUUUAAGUAAACUCGUGAAUCUGGGAACCGGAAUAAAAUAGAUAAAUAAAUAAAUAGCCAGUCUGCUCCCUUCUCACAGCGUCACUCCAAACAAUAUAGUACACCUAAGACGAAUCCACUGGAGCAAAAACGAUCCCAAAGCCGAGUGGCGCAGGGGGUACAUUAGGGAUUGAUUGUCAGCGCGACAGAAAAUGACGUUUUGCUUUUUUUUUUUAGCUGCAUCUGUGCAAAAUGCGGCAUGAGAUGCCUCAGGUGACCAGGCUUUUGGGGGAAAAAAAAAAAAAAACGGAACCUCAACCACAUAUACCUGACCACAGUGGUUCUGGCUGGCACGCUACCGUACACGAGGCAGCCCACGUUGGUCACGGCUGAUAAAGUAAUAAUACAUCCAUGUCAGACAAGAUUGGCUGACCAACGCACUUGGCAGGUCUGCGGAGAGAUAACACACUUGCAAAAGCUAAAAAGGUAUUCUUCUUCAUUCUCGUCCUCAGACAGGAACCUCCAAAAUCACGUUUAGUCGAUCGACUCAAGUUAAAACAAGCAACUGAGAAGCGCGGCUCCAAAUUCAAGGACCAAACAUUGACAAGGCUGUCCCUCGACGUGAAAAAAAA